AGGACCUGGAGGGUGUGCUCGCAGCAGGCAGCGACACAGCUCAGGCUGCCAGUAGUGUCCAGACCAGACGCUUCACUCCCACGGUUUCACUGGCGCUUCGGGCACAAACAUUGGGUGGUGCAUCCAGCAGCAUGCAUGGCGCAGCAACUGCACCCUCCUCGCAAACAACACCUUGCCCAGUCUGCAUGCAGCAGCAAACUCACAGCAAUGCACGAGCCCAGCCCACCAGGACGCGCCUACCUCCGCCGUUGGGACCGACUGGAGGUCUGGAAACAUGUGUCAUGACACGGUCGACGUGGCUACGGGUACUACACUCUCAAAUGGGGUAAUGCUGGAGGCCUCCCUUCGCGCUGCCGAGCCGGGCGGCAGCGGAACCAAACGGAGCGGCGCCGACCACAGGUCCCCCAGCAGGAGCCCCAGCUCUGAGGCCUCCCUUCGCGCUGCCAAGCCGGGCGGCAGUGGAACCGAGCAAAGAGGCGCCGACCACAGGUCCCCCAGCAGGAGCCCCAGCCCCGAGACCUCCCUUCGCGCUGCCGAGCCGGGCGGCAGUGGAACCGAGCGAAGAGGCGCCAACCACAGGUCCCCCAGCAGGCUAGGAGCCCCAGCCCCGAGGCCUCCCUUCACGCUGCCAAGCAAGCCGGGCGGCAGCGAACCAAACAGAGCGGCGCCGACCACAGGUCCCCCAGCAGGCUAGGAGCCCCAGCCCCGAGCACUCCGCUUCCAUGCAUGCAGGCCUCCCUUCGCGCUGCCAAGCAAGCCGGGCGGCAGUGGAACCGAGCGAAGAGGCGCCGACCACAGGUCCCCCAGCAGGAGCCCCAGCC